CGCACACGUGUCUCCAAGGCGACGGGCGGCGGCCAUGAGGCGGCCCAACCUGCUCAUCACCGGCACACCGGGAGUUGGGAAAACCACGCUGGGAAAGGAGCUGGCCUCCAGAGCUGGGCUGAGCUACGUCAACGUGGGAGACCUGGCCAAGGAAGGGGAGCUCUAUGAAGGCUUUGAUGAGGAGUACGACUGCCCCAUCCUGGAUGAGGACAGGGUGGUGGACGAGCUGGAGGCCAGGAUGAGCGAGGGAGGGGUGAUUGUGGAUUACCACGGGUGUGACUUCUUCCCCGAGCGCUGGUUCCACAUCGUGUUCGUGCUGCGCACAGACAACUCCUGUCUGUAUGACAGGCUGCACAGCAGGGGCUACACGGGCAAGAAGCUGCAGGACAACAUUCAGUGCGAAAUUUUUCAGACUCUGUAUGAGGAAGCUGUGUUGUCCUAUAAAAAGGAAAUUGUGCACCAGUUACCCAGCAACACUCCAGAGGACCUAGAGAGAAAUUUGGAUCAAAUUAUGCAAUGGAUUGAGCAAUGGAUGAAGGACAACAACUGAGUUUUGGUGAAACAGUAACUGCUGGAUCACUUCUUGGCGGGGAGGGUUUAAUAAAUUAUAUUCGUAAUUCUUGUAUUGUAAAUGAACAUGAGUUUUGUUGUAACUGGCUGGGGAGUAGGAGAAGAUUCAGAGUAGCCGGGUUGUGAGGAUGUGUAACAGCACCCUGAGAGGCAGCAGGGAGAACCGAUACUGAUAAAACUGAUACAACGGGAGAAGUGACUGAAAGGAUGAAAAUGAGGUGGUUGUCCUGAGUAGCAGGAGAUGUGUUCAGUAACAGAAUUCUUUAGACCUUGCAAUUAAAACCAAACCAUGAAUUCCCUGCGAGAAAACUGUAAAAUCCUGAUAACAGGUGGCAGUUGAGGCAGUUUUGACUUCAGAGGGUGGAACAGUGUCCUGGAAAGGAGGUGGUUUGAUGCUGAGUUGUGGGACUAAAACCUGCUGUGCUCCACUGUGGGCGUGUGAGGACAAUGCGGACUGAGAGGGUUUGGUGCAGGGUGAGGUGUUGGAGGGAAAAGAAGGGAUGUUAGAGUUAUUUUAAAAUGAUUGCAAGGAGCUUUGGAGAUUCCUUCCUGUGUAAGGAGACAUCAGCUAUGUGAGCACUGGUCUGGAGUGUUAAACAAUAAACUUCAUUUUUCCUUUUUUCUCUGUCUUGCCCAUCCCCUGUCCCAGUGAUGGGAGGAUGACCCAGGAGCUGCAUGCCGUGUCGGGACAGACCCGCAGGGAUCCCGAGCAUGGUCACAGUUGCAGCAGGAUCUGUUCUGAGUGCUGUUAAAGCCUGGGCCCCAGGGGGGCAGGGCUGCACAAGGAACAGGAAACCUGUCCUCGCAGAAAAGCUGCUUGGAACAAAAGCCUUGUGAAAGGUUCUGUAGGAAGUACUCGCUUAUAAACCCUUUAUGUA